GGAAAAGGUGCGCCAGGGCGAUAAAACCAAUAUGAGUGUUGCUCCAUUGGCCGGUGGGCUCACUCAUAGGCAUACCAUCGUGAAUCACUCAUGGUUGGUUGUUUCAUUAUUGACUUCGUGCAACUCGAAAUCUAGGCUCACAGAUUCUCUACAAUGGUGUACAUCCGCCCGAGGGAGGUACGUACGCUCCAGAGAGUGCCUGUCGAGUGCUUACUGCAAUGCACGAGUCCCCAAUUUCCCUGUGUUUUCGUCGUGUCGUCGUGUUUUUUUAAGGCCACUGUCCUGUCUGCAAUCAGGUAAUGACAGGGACAAACAAAGACGAGCAUGUGUGUCCCUUCGCCUUUCUGCAGGAGAGAGUCGCAUUUCAAGAGGCAUGCAAAGCACAUGCACAAAAGGUUUCGCAGCUGGACGCAAAAGAGGUCGGAAGGCAGACGACGCUGCAUGCACCUCAGGAAAGUGACAGCCUGUUCUUUUACUGCAGAGUCCGGGCAUAUAGAAUGAACCUGCCCGUCGUUUUGACUGCUGAUUCAGCGGCAAUGGACGGGCAGUACAUCGCCGCUUGUUGCCAAAAGGCUGCAUCCAACCGGAAGCACGACGUGCGGCUAUGGUACGGCUAUUCCAGGCGCGUCAGAGAAAUCGCUCCCUCGCUUAACCCAGAACAGCUUGGCUAUAUUCUCUAUGGGUAUUCUCUAAGAGUGAAAGAAAUUCGGCGCGGUAGAUUUCAUCCCUUUUCCCGUCUGCAGAUUCGGAAAGGCGAGAUUCCUUCACGAGGGACUGUAUCGCGACCUCGUCCCCCAUAUUUCUAAGCUUCUGCCUGACUUCUGGUCUCAUCCACUGAUGAUUAUCGCGUGGGCGUUUCAAAGGGUCCAAAUUAAAGAGCCCGAACUAAUGGAAAAGGUAGAAGGCCACCAGGACGCUAUUCUCUGAAGUCGAUUAUCGAGAUUGCCCUGCCCUUCAUUCUAGAUUAUGGACACGGCAUUGAGCAAGAUGGACUCUAUGCGGCCAGCAGACAUUAUCAGAAUAUCCAACAUUUAUGCGAAGAUGGUAAUGGCAGCAUACAUCAAUGGUACGCCCUGUCCUCUCGUCGUUUUACGUUGCAGGGCUUGAAGAAUCCUUCUUUGGCGCAGAAACUAUCGAGCGAGCUCAUCCCUAAGUGGGAAAGGACGUUUGCGACUGAUUUUCGCGAGGUCAUCAGCGAUGUAAGCCUAUGCCAGCUGUACGACAACGACGCCAAGAAGUACAUCAUGGAGAGGUUUCGCCGGUCCGCAGAUCGCCAGACGUACAAGAUCUUUUGUACCGUUUGCGUCUUCUUCAUCCAGAGCGCACCCGGCAGCAAGACCUCAGCAUUAUUUGCAGGCGUAUAGAUGCGCGGUAGCGCUCAGAGUCUUGUUUCCAGACAUCUGGGAGGCACUACCGGCCGCAACCCGCGCUUUCUAUGUCAGGCUCAGGUGGGGGCCCAGAGCAACAAUAAUGUCGACGCGAACUGCUGUGUGGUGCCAUUUUGUUGCGUUACAGUCUUAGGAGGAUUUAUCAACGGCCCCGGUUCCCGUCUGCAUUCCAUUGGGAAGUGUCGAACGACCUGGUGAAGCUAGGGGUCGCUCACCGAAACACGUUCAGGUAGAGCCGUAUCACCGCGUCCUUUUCGGUGUACAGACCUUCUCUUCCACCCAGGUGGGGGUGCUAUUGGAUUGACAUCGGGGAGGUUGACGACAGGUCCGUGCAUCGGGGAAGUUGACGACAGGUCUUGUGUAUGAAAAACUUACCUGCAUUUUCUUAAAUAUAGGAACAACUGCUGGUUUGUUGAUGGGCCAUCUAGCUUCUACACGUCCUCGACGGAGUAUCUGGAAGUGAAGAAACUGCAUCACCGGUCAGUGAUGCAGUGCAGUUCAGGGUUGAUCGAUGCAGGUCUUGGCUGUGCUGUCUUCGUUCGCAGUAUUUUGAGCGACCUCGGAUGGAAUGUGAGACGUGUUCGAUGGUACGACUGGCUUUCGCUUGGACCAGAUGAACAAGCGAAAAGGGCAUUUCUGCAACGGCUCCGAAGCGAGGACGCGAAGAGAGAGAUUGAAGACACAGCGAGGGGGCUCAGCUCGUCAGACUUGAAGCGUUUGCUCGCACAGGUCGCGAAAAGGGCAAGAAGAGAACGUCCUGCUCCCAUACAAUUCGCACUGUAGAAGUAAGGCUUGUCGGACGCGCGAUUUUGAUCCUGCCGAUUUAUCGAUAUUACAGUGAUCCGCUGUAACCAUCUGUCAAUAAGUC